AUGUUCUGCAAAGUCACUCUCCUCGCUCUCGCUCUCGUACUGGUUGGAUCCGCCUCCCCUGUGGUGCAUGAUAACCACGGCGUCCGCAUCCCCAUGUCGCGACGCAGUGGUAUCACCACCGUCAACGGCGUAGUCGAUCAGUCCAAGCUGAAGGCAGCCACGGCCAACGCCAUCAAUAAGCAUAGGCAGAACUUGCUCAACCUCCUGCAUAACGUAGGAAGGCUGCCCAAGGGAGCGCACGUCAAGGAAUUGGUCACGGUUCCCCCGCCUUCCGGCAAGAAGCGCCAAAGCGAAACGCUCACAGACGUAGGCGACGCAGAAUGGACUGGCGACAUCACCAUCGGCACUCCGGGUCAACCUUUCGUGGUAGAUUUUGACACGGGAUCCUCUGACCUCUGGGUCCCAUUCUCCACUUGUUCAAGCUCGACCUGCACAUCCAAGAACAAAUAUACCGCGCACCAGUCCUCCACGUCCUCCAAGAAGGACGGCACAUUCACGAUCGAAUACGGCGAUGGCUCUACGGUUUCCGGGCCCGUCUACACUGACACUGUCGUCGUCGGUGGGGUCAACGUCACCGACCAAUACUUCUCCCCUGUCACCAAAGACACAAGCACCGUUUCCGGUGAUCCGUCCGAUGGGAUCAUGGGUAUGGCCUGGCCAGCCAUCUCGCAACUCGGCCACAACCCCGUCGUGAACAGCGCGUUCAAAGCAGGCGCGAUCCCCGCCGAGGUCUUCGGCAUGAAGCUCGCGUCCAACAACUCGGAGCUCUUCCUCGGCGGGACGAACAGCGUGCUCUACACGGGUUCGAUCGAAUACCACGCCAUUGACACCUCCAGCGGUUUCUGGCAGGCGCAAGGGGCGAGCGUGUCGGUGGGAUCCAAGACCGUGGUGCAAAACUUUGACACCAUCAUCGACAGUGGGACCACCCUCAUGUACGGCCCGCCCUCGGCCGUGAAGGAAGUGUACGGGUCCAUCUCGGGUUCUUCCGUCGUGGACGAAGAGGAAGGGGCGUACGCGUUCCCACAGGCGAGUUCUUCCCUCGCAAGCAACCACCUGACAGAACGCUCAUGGGUCAUUCGUAGCUUCAACGCGGGCGAGACCGAGGAAGGCUCGGGUCAGUGCGUCGGGGCUCUCUUGGGCCAGGACAUCGGCUUCGGCGAUAACGUCUGGCUCCUUGGGGAUGCGUUCAUGAGGAACGUCUAUACCGCGUUCUCCUUCACGGACAGCUCCGUUGGCUUCGCCGAGCUGGCGUGA